CCGUAAAGCGUGGGCACGCCUAUAGAGGGCAAAAGACACAUGAUUUAGGUAAAGUGUUUUAUUUGUUGUUCAACAGUUUACAAAGCUAAGUACGUAAAGACCUGGGCAACCUCGACAUGAGGGUCAGGUAUGUAACGAGCAAAGCAGAAGGAAUUCCACCUGCCCAUUGACUUAAUCAAGUGGGCUGGUAUGUUGUGCCGAGAGGCUACUGAGGCCGCACCCAUGCGGAAAGAAUGUCAAGAUAUGGUUCUAGGAUCGUGCCCUGAUGCUGCCACUAGUGUGCGUAUAUGUUUGACAAAAGCGGCUGUUGUAAGUGGCCAGCUAUCGAGCAGCAGUAGUGGACUGUUGUGAGGUGCGUGCUGGUGGGCUAACUGUAAACUGUCUAAUACCGACACUGGACACCAUUUGUGUCCGGCCGGGAAGUAGGUGACCUGGACCUCCUGUCUUGAGGUUUUAGUGGACCCGUAAAACCCAAUCCGUAAAACCCAAGAUACAUGGCUGCCUUUUAUGGAAAUCCCAGAAAGAAGGAAACAUCAGAGAUCAUGAAGCGCUGCUCAGGAGAAGAUGGAGAGAUCAUGGAGCGCUGCUCAGGACAAGAUGGAGAGAUCAUGGAGCGCUGCUCAGGAGAAGAGGGAGAGAUCAUGGAGCGCUCCUCAGGAGAAGAUGGAGAGAUCAUGGAGCGCUCCUCAGGAGAAGAUGGAGAGAUCAUGGAGCGCUCCUCAGGAGAAGAUGGAGAGAUCAUGGAGCGCUCCUCAGGAGAAGAUGGAAAGAUCAUGGAGCGCUCCUCAGGAGAAGAUGGAGAGAUCAUGGAGCGCUCCUCAGGAGAAGAUGGAGAGAUCAUGGAGCGCUCCUCAGGACAAGAUGGAGAGAUCAUGGAGCGCCCCUCAGGAGAAGAUGGAGAGAUCAUAGAGCGCUGCUCAGGAGAAGAUGGAGAGAUCAUGGAGCGCUCCUCAGGAGAAGAUGGAGAGAUCAUGGAGCGCUCCUCAGGAGAAGACCUCCUUACCCCUAAUGUCCAUCCAGAUCUAUCCUAUAAUAAUCCCCCUGAUCAUCAGGAACCUUCUCCUGACCAACCACACAUUGUUACCACAAGGACAGAGAAGAAAGGGAGGAAAGGUUUUCACUGUGAUGAAUGUGGAAAAUAUUUCAGAAAUAGUUUAGGUCUUAUUAAACACAAACUAAGUCAUGAAAGAAGAAAGCCAUAUCCGUGUUCAGAAUGUGGGAAAUGUUUUGCAGGUAAAUCAACUCUUAAAAGUCAUAGGAGAAUUCACACAGGAGAAAAGUCACAUUCAUGUUCAGAAUGUGGGAAAUGUUUUACACAUAGAUCAGCUCUCAUUACACAUAGGCGAACUCACACAGGAGAGAAUCCAUUUUCAUGUUCAGAAUGUGAGAAAGCUGUAAAACGCAAAUCACAACUUGUUAUACAUGAGAGUUGUCACACAGGAGAAAAGCCAUAUUCAUGUUCAGAAUGUGGGAAACGUUUUACAAUUGCAUCAAAUCUUGUUGUACAUGUGAGAAUUCACACAAAAGAGAAGCCAUAUUCAUGCUCAGAAUGUGGGAAAGAGUUUACAAGCAGAUCAUCUCUUAUUACACACAGAAGAAUUCACACAGGAGAGAAGCCAUAUUCCUGCUCAGAAUGUGAGAAAUGUUUUACAACUAAAUCACAUCUUGUUUUACAUCAGAGAAGUCACACAGGAGAGAAUCUAUUUUCAUGUUCAGAAUGUGGGAAAUGUUUUACAACUAAACAAUAUCUUGUUGUACAUCAGAGAACUCACACAGGAGAGAAGCUGUAUAAAUGUGCAGAAUGUGGGAAAUGUUUUACACAGAAAUCAAAUCUUGUUACACAUAAGAGAAGUCACACAGGAGAGAAGCCAUAUUCAUGCUCAGAAUGUGAAAAAUUGUUUAAUCUAAAUCAGCUUGUUCUUCAUCAGAGAGGUCACACAGGAGAGAAGCCAUAUUCAUGUUCAGAAUGUGGGAAAUGUUUUAACCAUCAAUCAUAUCUUGUUACACAUAAGAGAAUUCACACAGGAGAGAAGCCGUAUUCAUGUUCAGAAUGUGGGAAAUGCUUUAAAUCUAAAUGGGAGCUUGUUCGACAUCAGAGAAGUCACACAGGAGAAAAUCAAUAUUCAUGUUCAGAAUGUGGGAAACGUUUUAAAACUGUAUCAAAUCUUUUUAUACAUGAGAGAAUUCACACAGGAGAGAAGCCAUAUUCAUGUUCAGAAUGUGGGAAAUGUUUUAACCAUAAAUCACAUCUUGUUACACAUAAGAGAAUUCACACAGGAGAGAAGCCAUAUUCAUGUUCAGAAUGUGGAAAAUGUUUUACAAGUGGAUCAAACCUUGUUACACAUAAGAGAAUUCACACAGGAGAGAAGCGAUAUUCAUGUUCAGAAGGUGGGAAAUAUUUUAUAAGGAAAACAGAUCUUGUUAUACAUGAGAGAAUUCACACAGGAGUUAAGCCAUAUUCAUGCUCAGAAUGUGGGAAAUGUUUUAUAAAGAAAUAAACGGUUACACAUAAGAGAAUUCACACAGGAGAGAAGCCAUAUUCGUGUUCAGAAUGUGGAAAAUGGUUUAAAUCUAAAUCAGAGCUUGUUCUACAUCAGAGAAGUCACAGAGAAGAAAAUCAAUAUUCAUGUUCAGAAUGUGGGAAACGUUUUAACACUGCAUCAAAUCUUUUUAUACAUGAGCAAAUUCACACAGGAGAGAAGCCAUAUUCAUGUUCAGAAUGUGGAAAAAGUUUUACAACUAAAUCAGCGCUGGUUCUACAUGAAAGAAUUCACACAGGAGAGAAGCCACAUUCAUGUUCAGAAUGUGGAAAAUGUUUUACAACUAAAUCAACGCUUGUUCUACAUGAAAGAAUUUACACAGGAGAGAAGCCAUGUUUAUGUUCAGAAUGUGGAAAAUGUUUUACAACUAAAACAUAUCUUGUUCUACAUGAAAGAAUUCACACAGGAGAGAAGCCAUUUUCAUGUUCAGAAUGUGGAAAAUGGUUUAAAUCUAAAUCAGAGCUUGUUCUACAUCAGAGAAGUCACACAGGAGAAAAGCCAUAUUCAUGUUCAGAAUGUGGAAAAUGUUUUACAACUAAUCAGCUUGUUCUACAUGAGAGAAGUCACACAGGAGAAAAGCCAUAUUCAUGUUCAGAAUGUGGGAAAUGUUUUACAUCUACAUCAAAUCUUGUUAUACAUGAGAGAAUUCACACAGGAGAGAAGCCAUAUUCAUGUUCAGAAUGUGGGAAAUGUUUUACAUCUACAUCAAAUCUUGUUCUACAUGAGAGAUGUCACUCAGGAGAAAAGCCAUAUUCAUGUUCAGAAUGUGGGAAAUGUUUUACAUCUACAUCAAAUCUUGUUAUACAUGAGAGAAUUCACACAGGAGAGAAGCCAUUUUCAUGUUCAGAAUGUGGGAAAUGUUUUAAUAGGAAAUCACAUCUUGUUACCCAUGAGAGAAUUCACACAGGAGAGAAGCCAUAGUAAUUUUAUGAUUGGGUGAAAUGACGAGGAUAUCCUAUCACAGAGGAUAAACCAGGUUCUUGUUUGGAAUGUGGGAAAGUAUUUACACCCCUGGGACCGCCCACAGCCCAUCAGUUCUAAUGCUAUAAAGCAUAGGAGGGCGGAGUCUAUAAUACAAGAUGAUAGCAUUAUAUUAGGGGUUUCCGAUGAUUCUUUAGGGUCAGGGAUUGUAUAGGGAGAUGGAGGGUCCGAUCCCUAUAUAACCCCGGGGUGAUUUGUAGUAAUAAUCGUCCCGUUCCUGGUGUGUGGGUGUGUUUGCACACCUGUGAGGGGAGAUGAGUGCGAUACGUGUGAACUCCUCACAUCUUACAGCUUUAUACACUUAGUUUGCAGUAGACGUCUCUUGAAUAUUCAUCUUUGUUCCUUCUAGUCUGUGAUGUAAAGUUGUAGGAAGACGCCUGUAUUAUCAUUAUGUGCUAUAUAUCUAUAUACACAAACUCCUUCCUGAUGAUUAACCCCUAAUGUGCUGGGGAUAUAGUUCAGCCUAUAGUCAGGUGAAGUCAUUUGUGAUUGUCAGGAAGGUUUUACCAUUAGCCUAUGUUCAUAUGUAGACGCUGACUAAGACCACUGUGCACCCGAAACCCGUCAGUCUU